UGAGUGGAUGAAUAGAGCCUAGGGAUAUAUUUUGUUUUUCUUCUUCUACUCGAUAGGGUUUAUAGUUUCUUCAGUGACAAAGCAAUGCUACCUUUCUGAUUCUGAUGGCGUCGUUUUCCCAUUGCACUCGUCGUUUCAUCUCACUCUCUUCGAUGAAAUCAGCUGUUAGAACAAUCAGUCAUUCUCCUCUUCUCAACGCUACUGUGCCCCACCGUCCAUUCUCACCGCUUAUCAGAACUUGUGUGUACCGACUAGGAAGUGUGCAGUCACUUUUGCCUCUACAUAGUACAGUGGCUACUGCAAGAAUGGUGUCUAGUCUUAGCAUUGAUUCAAGGAAUUGUGAAGCUCUUUCACAUGCUACUCUCUGCUGCAACCACCCUGGACCCUAAGAGGUCUUUGUUACUUUGAAGUUUGAAAUGUGAGUGGUUGUCUCCUUUGGAAAAAGAACAAACACAACUCAUAACAUUUGGAGCUCUGCUUGUGAUUGGGGAAAAAAAAUAAUGAUUGGUAUUGAUUUUCGGAUGAGUUGCAAAGUUUAUGUAUUAUGAAUUUAGCCCCAAUUCAUUUUCUUCUUUCUUAUAGACCAGAUUCUCAAAUGUGGUUAACUUUUCUUUAUUUGGUUUUUGGUUUUUAACCGAGUCUUAUGACGUGAAUGGGUGAUCUAUCUAACUAAUCUCACCUCAUGAAGAAAAGGCUAUUGUUAUUUAUUUAUUUGGUUAAUUUUUGUAUGGACACCCUACCCUCAUCUUGAAUACCUCACCUAAUGAGAGAAAACUAUUGCUUUCUUUAUUUGGCUUA